AUGCCAUUCAAUGAAGUUCAAGAAGAUGUGGUCUUUUGGUCGAGAGAAAGAAACGUGAUAGAAAAAGGAAUUUUUUUUCAAAGCAAGGCGGAACUUGUACACGCUGUUAGGCUUUGGAACGUAAGAGAAAACAGAGAACUUAUUGUAAUGGAUACAAGGCCAACGUUUUGGAAAGUACAGUGCAUGACAAGGGGGAAGAAUUAUCGUGGUGUUCCGGACCGGGUCCCGUGUAGGUGGGUUGUAGUUGGAACAAGCAAAAACAAGUUAGGCAUGUUUCAGAUCACAAAGUGGGUGGAGAGUUACAAUUGCUAUGGAGAAAUGAUAUCUAACAACAACCGAUGUAUGACAACAAGUAUGAUUGCUUCUGAAAUUUUGCCUAACGUGCGGGACGAGUUAACUUAUAAAGUUAGACAGAUCCAGGCGCAAGUAAAAGCAACUUUCAAUGUGGAUGUGAGCUACGCCAAGGCGUGGAAUGCAAGAAGGAUAGCAAUUGAAAGGUUGUAUGGAACUUGGCCGAGUAACUUUGAUGCAUUGCCCAGGUAUGUUGCCGAAUUACAACGUUCUAACCCUGAAACUGUUGUGGAAUGGCUCCAUUCGCCAACUAGUUCAAGCCACAUACAAGAAUUCAAGUUUGUAUUCUGGGCUUUUGGACCGACGAUUAGGGCAUUCCAACGUUGUAUUCCAGUGAUCUUUGUCGAUGGCACUCAUUUGAAAGGCAGCUACAAGGGUAAGUUGCUAACUGUAGUCACGAAGAACGCCAAUGGACAACUAUUGUCAGUCACUUUUGCCUUGGUUGAUGAAGAGUCUAAUAAAAGUUGGGCAUGGUUUCUAAAUCUCUUUGAAGAGCAUGUCGGAUCGCAGCGGCAGGGUGAUUUGUGUAUCAUUUCAGACUAUCACCAAGGCAUUCGAAUUAGGGUCAUGAGUCUUACCGUACAUAGGAGUGCUCGCGAUCCCGUCAUCGAAGUACUACAGGACCUAGAAGAAUGA